ACGUCACUUGCUCGGGGACCUCAUAUGAAGUCCGAGAGCGCAGAGGAAAGUUCAGAAGGGGAGGCAGGACUACCUUGGAUAGCCCUGCAGUCUCACUUAUGGUUCUAAAAAGACUGCGCUUCCAGCUUUCGUAUUCUUUUUCCAGUUGUUGUUAUAUACUUCAAGGCUGAUUGUAUUUGACAAGGAAAUAACCGAGACAAACAUGGAACUUCUUUGCCUCGAGGUGGACAAUAUCAUAAGAGCCAGUCCCGACCCGAACCUUCUUUACGAUGACAGGGUUUUACAGAGCCUGUUAACCAUUGAGGAAAAGUUUAUACCCCAAUACUCGUAUUUUAAAUGCGUACAGAGGGACAUUCAGCCAUAUAUGAGGCGGAUGGUUGCAACUUGGAUGCUGGAGGUUUGCGAAGAGCAGAAGUGCGAAGAGGAAGUCUUUCCUUUGGCGAUGAACUACUUGGACAGAUAUUUAUCCGUGCAGGCGACGAGAAAGUGUCAUCUGCAGCUGCUGGGAGCUGUGUGCAUGUUCCUUGCGUCAAAAUUAAAAGAGACGCGUCCAUUAACCGCAGAAAAACUGUGCAUCUACACUGAUAAUUCCAUCAAAACGCAAGAGCUCCUGGAAUGGGAGCUGGUAGUCCUCGGGAAGUUGAAGUGGAACCUGGCAGCAGUCACCCCCAAUGACUUCAUCGAACACAUCGUCCGGAAGCUUCCAUUGCCCAAGGACAAGCUGGCGCUGGUCCGCAAGCAUGCCCAGACGUUCAUCGCCCUGUGUGCCACAGAGUUUAACUUCGCCCUCUACCCUCCGUCCAUGAUCGCCACGGGCAGCGUCGCUGCUGCCAUCUGCGGGCUGCAGCUGGACAGCGUGGACCAGGCCCUGCGGGGGGACAACCUGACGGACCAGCUAGCUAAGAUCACCAACACGGAAGUGGACUGCCUGAAGUCGUGCCAGGAGCAGAUCGAGCGGGUGCUGGUGAGCAGCCUGCGGGAGGGCCGUGUCGCCCGGAAGGGUCAGGAGGAGCAAGACCAGUCCAGUACGCCCACGGACGUCAGGGACGUGAACCUGCAGUGAGGCCAGCAGGGGGCGACUGGCAGGGCAGACUGACAGAAAAAACUCAGACAAAAAAAGAGAGGAAAAAAGCAAAGAAGAAAAAGAAAACAAGCCCAACGGAACCGUUUUCCGUUUUGUUUUACAAAAACCUGCUCCCAUAUAUAAAAUAUAUAUAGAUAUAUAUAUAUAUUACAAAAUAAAAGCUAUUUUAUAUACAAAUACACAUAUUUCGAUUACAAAUUUAUACAAAAAAAAUCUCUAUGGUGUCUCGAAUUUUUAUAAGGGAACCCUAUUUUUCAUACAUAUUUCUAUUGUAUAUGCAUAAGCUAUAUUUGAUAAGAUGAUUAUAUAUGAUAAACAGCUUCUGAAUUUAGUGGGCAAACUCAGUCUUUGCGUAUUACGUGCAGUGGGGGGGGGGUUUAUCUCGCGUUUUUUUUUCUUUUUUCGUUGUGUAUGUGGGUUAAGCCUCCCUGUCGAAGGAAGGCGGGGGAGGGGGCUGUUCAGUGGAUGGGGCUGUGUGCACCCCCACAAAUGUGUCUAUGGAAAAUGAGCAGCACGCCAAGAGUAGGAUUGGGGGGGGGGGUCACCAUUCACUGCGCAGUUAGGAAACGGCAAGCAAGCAAUGCAGAAUGUCAUUUACUAUUAAUUAUUAUUAUUAUUAUUAUUAUUAUUAUUAUUAUUAUUAUUAUUAGAGUAGAUUAAUUUUGUUUAUGGUUUCUUAUGGAACCGUAAAAUGCUCAUUUCAGCCUGUGUGCUCAGUGUGUCUGUGUGUCUGACGUCAAACAGGAAGAUGGGGGGGGUGUCUGGGGGUCACACAUGGCCACCCCAGGAUGAACGUGUGUCCCUUAAAGCCUGGAAAAAUGAGAGGGCUGGUCCCACUCGUGAGAGAGACAAAGGGGGGGGGGGGUUGGAGUGAGGACAGUUAGGCAGGUCUCACUGCGAAGCUGCCAUGUCGGGGUUAAUAGAGAGGAGGGAAAGGGAGGUUUUAUCAUAGGGUACAGCUUUGCUUCACUGCCAAGUUACCAAACAAUACUGGCAUGUAUUUAGUAGCCUGUAUUUUAUUUUAUUAUUUGGUUAUUUUAGUGAUUUUAACUUGGACAGACUGGGCGAUUCUGAGUGAUGGAGAUGACUGUGCCCACAAGGGGGUGCUAGCACGUGAGUAUGAGAUAGUAUGAGAGGUAGGUGUGGCUCUGUGAGGGCAGGUAGGAGGCAGGGCAGAAGGACUGACUGGGCAAGUUGGGCAGGAGAACAUUUAUUCAGUCAGGCCUCCGGAAGGCGAAAGCAAGCUGCUUAGCAUGGGAAAAGGUCCUGGAGGCUAGAGGACUAUGGGCUUGUUGGGGUUUAGGAGCACAGGGACAUUACAUGUGCUACCAUCCCAGAAAUGGCCACGCUGGAGUUACAGACGUGUCAGUCACGUGAUCAGACGUGAGAGAGCAGUUUGGGGUAGAGCGGUCAUGUAUUGAUUGUUGCUUUCGUACCAUCUUGUGGAUCCUCAUACCAUCUUAGAUGCUUUGCUCGUUCCGAGCCCAGUGAUGGCAACAUACUCCUCUGGGAACGAGUGCGCUUAUCACAAUGCAGCAGUAGCUGUAGACUGAUUCAUGGGCGUCUGUCUCAUUGUUGUUGUACCAUUGGGCUGGAUCCCUGUGUUCUUCCAAAGUCAGCAGCUUGUGGAUGUUGAUGUUCACCGUAAAUGUCCGUAGUGGGGGUGGGCAGGGGAGUAAGGGGGGUCCCAUUGAUAACCAUUCCAAAUAAGACAGAAGGUGGUCUGAUUGCUUAAUAUUAAUGUUAUUUAAAAAAAAAUUAACUAGAAAUAUGCCAAUACAUUUACAAAGAAAAGGUCUGCAAAAUUUUCUUUACGUUUGUUGCUUUCUGUUUUUUUUAUUAUUAAGUCAUUAAAUGUUUGUUUUACUUGAAUUUGUUUUUGCUACAUAGUAAAGUCACUCGGGUGAUGUACAAAAACGGAAAAAAUCAUUAAGGCUUGUUCUGUGUUCGUUUUUGCACAAGUUUUUUUUUUUUUUUUAAUUAAUUAAAAAGUGUAAGCUGUUAUGCUUCAACGGACGUCAGUCGCACGGAGUUGUGCUGCCUCCUGCUCGUGCGCUGACACACCACAGUGGACAUUCUGCUCUGGGACAGCGUUGGGUUUGCCUGGCCUGGUGUCUAGGGAAGAAACAUGCUGCUUGAAAGGCUUUCGAUGCGGGUUCUUGUAAAAUCCCCCUAACCUUAGCACUAGAGCCAGCCUGGCCCCGUCGUAGACACACCAGCGGAGAGGACUGGUCUGCGGUCGUUCGGAAAUCGCCUCAACGUGCUCAUGAGAACUUCUUUUGAUUUGAAGAGCAGGAGAGGGCGUGUCCUUUGCAUUGGACAACAGAAUAGUUGGGGGGGGGAGGGGAUGCAUUCCUUACAUUUAUACGAGUGUGUAGUUGUAGUGUCUGUUUUUUUCCGUAAGAAUGACAUUGUUUGGCAGGUAACUCAUGUCGCCCAAGUUCCUAGCACCCUGAGGAAAGUCAUUUCCUGCCUGUCAUUCCAUGUACUGUAAUUCAACCCCAAUCCUGAAAAUCAACCACGACACUGAAACGUACUCUGAUGGUGAGUUUUAGCGAUUACUUGUGAGCAGAACAGUGUGGGUACAGUUGUACUGUUGUUGGUAUUUUUCA